GUCCAUACCAAAUUUUACAAACACAAACGCAGAAAAAUGGCAGCAACCGCCGGAACAACUCCGUCCUCUCAUCUUCUUCUCUCAAGCUCCCGCCACGUGGCUUCCUCAGCUCAGCCACGAAUCCUUUUCCCAAAAUCUCUAUUCUCCAACGGGAAACGACUAGCAGCUGGGAAAAACCAUCAUCAUGCUACUGGAGUGAGGUGUAUGGCGGUUGCGGCGGAUGCUACGGCGGAGACUAAACCUGCUGCUAAGAAGAAGAGUGGGUAUGAGCUUCAGACACUGACGAGCUGGUUGCUGAGACAGGAGAUGAAAGGGGAGAUAGAUACAGAGCUGACGAUAGUGAUGUCUAGCAUAGCGAUGGCGUGUAAGCAGAUCGCUUCUCUAGUCCAGCGCGCUGGAAUAUCUAAUCUGACCGGUGUUCAAGGAGCUGUUAACAUUCAGGGAGAGGAUCAGAAGAAGCUUGACGUCGUCUCUAAUGAGGUGUUUUCGAACUGUUUGAGAUCAAGUGGAAGAACGGGAAUCAUAGCGUCGGAGGAAGAGGACGUGCCAGUAGCAGUGGAGGAAAGUUACUCCGGCAAUUACGUAGUCGUGUUCGACCCUCUUGACGGUUCCUCCAACAUUGACGCAGCAGUCUCCACCGGUUCUAUCUUUGGUAUCUACAGCCCCAAUGACGAGUGUCUCCCUGACAACUCCGACGACACGUCCGCUCUCGGGUCAGAAGAAGAAAGGUGUAUAGUAAACGUGUGCCAGCCAGGGAACAACUUGCUUGCAGCUGGCUACUGUAUGUACUCAAGCUCAGUCAUCUUCGUUCUUACUUUAGGCAAAGGCGUUUUCGCCUUCACACUCGACCCAAUGUAUGGCGAGUUCGUCCUAACUCAAGAGAACAUUGAGAUCCCAAAAGCCGGGAAAAUCUACUCUUUCAACGAAGGGAACUACCAGAUGUGGGAUCAGAAGCUAAAGAUGUACAUUGAUGAUCUCAAGGACCCUGGUCCAAGUGGGAAGCCUUACUCGGCAAGGUACAUUGGAAGUUUGGUCGGAGAUUUUCACAGGACUUUGUUGUACGGUGGGAUUUACGGGUACCCUCGAGACGCCAAGAGCAAAAACGGAAAGCUUAGGCUUUUGUAUGAGUGUGCACCGAUGAGUUUCAUUGUUGAACAAGCCGGAGGGAAAGGAUCAGAUGGUCACCAGAGAGUCCUAGAUAUCCAACCGACGGAGAUACAUCAGAGGGUCCCACUCUACAUUGGAAGCAAAGAAGAAGUGGAGAAGCUGGAGAAGUACUUGGCUUGAGUCAUUUACGAAACAUAAGCCAUUUAAUUUCUAUCGUAAGCCAUUUUCUGACAACAUGGCAAAUCCCAAAUAUGAAAGUUUUAUUUUGUUGUUGAUAUCAAUAUAGAGAAAUCAGCCGUUUUAUGUA